CUUCAAAAAGAGCUAAUUCAAAAUUAACAGUAAUUGUCAAUUUUUUUUGUUAGUGUCUGUGUUUAUUUUUAUUUAUAUACCGUUUAUUCGUUUAUGAGUGGUGUUUGUCUUUAAAUCUAUUAGAUGGUCAUCAAAUUACCAAGAUUAUGACUCAUCAUUUGACGGGAUAUGAUCAAGACUAUGCCACCGAUUACUACCAAAACAACAAUGUUGCCAACUACGACGGGAUGUACUACGAUCCUCAAGAUACUGGAAUAGGUAAUGGCAACCUCGUUGACAGCAAUGAGGGACUUGAAGAACCCACCUCAAGACUUUAUGCUGAGGGCUAUCCAGAUAUCCAACCAAACCAAUAUCAUGAAGAAACUGUAGAUUAUGGAAUAACAAACAAACAGCAAAUUCCUGAAGUUUCUGUCAAUCAUUAUGAACCUCCGAUAGUUCAGCAGUCAAGGAACUACUACUACGAUGUUCCUCGGCAGUACUCUCGUCACCAUCACCAUCAUCAUCACAGUAAAAAGCACAAAUCGUACCAACUGCAGUACCAGAAUCAGAACCAAAGCUACAAUCAGCAUCCGAACCACCAUUCUUUGUACACCCAAUGUCCACUGGUCAAUCAGGAACAAAAUUACAACCAACCGGAGUACCUAGAGGGUUAUGACGCUUCUUAUGGUGACUACGUGAACCAAACUAAGCAGUCUGAGUACUAUGGGGCGUAUUAUGGCGAUUCUAGAGUGAGGAAUGUUGCUACUGGGUACUAUGUUCAGGGUAAAGGAAUGAAGACUGGGUCUAGGAAGUAUCCUGUUACUGUGAAAACACCUAAGUAUAUAACAAAAAAAUUAGUAUCUACACCGUUAAAUAAGAAACCAUCUGCACUAUGUUUGGCUGUUGGUACACAGCCAGAUCCAGCACUACUUAAAAGAAAAAGCAAGACACAUCAUACUGUGAAGAAAGUCUAUGAUAGAGCCGAGGAAUCGUUUCAAGUAUCUGCACCUCAGGAAAAUGCCAAUUUUUCGUAUUCAGCCCAUCAGAUGGAUUCUGAAGGUGAUUUGAACAGAAAACCCAUGCCAAACAAUUUGGAAAACUCUUUUAAUCAGUAUCCAGUCCAAGGGAACAUUGUUAGUAACGUUGAAAACUCUUUUAACCAAUAUCCAGUGCAGGGAAACCUUCCAAAUCAUCUGGAAAACUCUUUUAAACAAUACCAGGUCCAAGAAAAUAUUUCUAAUAGCGUGGAAAACUCUUAUAACCAAUAUCCAGCUCAAGAAAACAUUACUAGUAACCUGGAAAACUCAUUCACUAAAUAUCCUGUUCAGGAAAAUGUUUCUAGGGAGAAUUUGGAGGAAACUGAUGGUCAGGAGAAUAUCAAGGCUUUUGCAAAAUUUUUAAAGCCAAGGGUGCCAUCAUCUAUAAAAGCUAAGCAAGAACGAAUAGCUCAGAUGAAAUCAUCAUUAAAUAUGGCGGGUGGGGUUCCCCUACAGCCCAAAAUGAAGAUUUCUUUAGAUAAGCUGUUGAACAGACUCCAAAAGUGCGAAGACCAAGACCAGAAAAACGGGAAUAACGAAAAAACUUCUGAGACUUUGAGUCAGUCCAAAAAAGAUGGAAAAACUAAAAAAAUAUCUAAAUUGGACAGCUUCAAUUAUGAAUCAUUGUCACAAAAAGGUGCAUUAUCAUCUAAAAAUCCCGAUGAUGUUAACAAGGGUGUUCGAAAAAAGUAUUCUUCCACCUUGGAACUGAAGAAUUCUUUAAGAUUUAUGAAACCUUUGGAUGAUAAUUGUGCCUUGGAUUUGCACAGAUCAAAGAGUUACAUUGUUGACUUGAUUGACAAGGCUCUGAGCAGGGAAUUGGGAACAGUACCUAGGGAACAACUGCUUCACCAAAAUAUGACCCCGAAGAAAGCCAUAGAGGCCAUCAGUAGGCACCAUCAACCCGAUUCCAAAGAUCUGUCAUUCGAAGUGACAGCCGCGUUGACAGAUUCCUUCAUUUCCAACGUAACAGCGCCCCCUAGCAACGAAAAUAACGAAGCUAGAAUAUUGUUGCAGGAUCCCAGACAAGUGCAGAGUGACGACGAAACCAAAAAGAAAGUCUGUAAUCCCAAUUAUAUCAAACAGCUAAAACAGCUAAGAUGGGGCCAUAUACGCCACAUUCAGCACGAAGCUAGAAAGUUAGCUGACCUGGAAGAGUUUCUAGAAAAUUGUGGUGAAUCAGAUUUUUGAAAAAAAAAUACACCGUGUAUGUCAAUUUUGUGAUAUGUAAUUAACUAUAAUAAAAGUGGUUGAAAUAAAAAUAAAAUUAUUAGAAAAUA